AUGUCUACCACACAGACAGAAGCUGAAAAGCCCCAAAUGGAGGCCGCAAAGCCUAUUAUACAGACUGCUUCUCCUAGAAAAAGACGCCGAAGGGCACCGGCCACUGGAGCUGCUGACGACUGCUUUGCUUGUCAAGAGCGACAGGCAAAAUGCGAUCGUAGACGUCCCUACUGUACACCCUGUCUGGACAUUGGGAAAGAUUGCUCGGGAUACAAGACUGCCUUGACCUGGGGCGUAGGUGUCGCCAGUCGGGGAAAGUUGCGCGGGCUCUCAUUGCCCAUUGCCAGCUCCAAGAGAGCUGCGCCGAGUGGCGACGAUGACGAGGAGUCGAAUGAGAGUCCACUACAGAAGGUUGCGAAGCUUGGUCCCCCGCGACGAGCCUCAGAUCCGAAAAGCUCCAGCCAGCUCGACCGCGCCCCGACGAGAACAGCAAGUACAACUUCCACUUCUACGCCCACCAAUUAUGGGUUCGUCAACAUUGAUCCUAGCUCUGCGUCAUCAGCGAUGACCUCGCCAUCUUACCCAUCGCCCAAUUUCCAAUGGAAAAGACCCGCUUCUAUGUCGCACUCGCGGGGUUUGCGGCUCAUUGACAAGAAGCCGCGGAGGCAUACUCUUCAGCCAAUUCAGGUCACUUCGAUGCAUCCGGCUAGAGACUAUGGUGUGAUGCCAAUGACGGCCAGUGUGGUUGGCGGGUACGGGCACCACGACUUUGGUCUGUCUUCGCAAAUUUCACCGAUGGUACCUGCCUUUUCCGGUUAUGAGAUAGCUUCGCCUUCUCAUAAGACCUACUCGCAGCCACAUGGCGCCUCAUACGAAAGCGAUCUUUUUACAAGUGGUAAUCUUCCCUGGUCAGGAGCGCAUCACGCAUCAAGUAUUGCCUCCGACCACAGUAGUAGUCGAACCGGUGCCGAAGAUGUGCAGGGUUAUUUCGGCGUGGCAGAGAGUAUGAUACCUUUGCAACAAGAUCUGAUUUCUCAAGGACCUCCGAUCUCAAGCGCACCAAGCGAAGUAAACUUCAUGAUCGACUCCAAAUUUCAGGCUUUUGCGGGUGACCUACCGCCAUUGGUACCUGACGACGUCGGAGAUCACCACACUCUCAUGGUUCCUCGGUCGCUUUCAUCAUUAAGCAUCGGAAAUUCACCGAAAUUACAAUUCUUGAUUGAUUAUUAUGACAAGGUCAUAUCGCCGGUCAUUGUUGCCUUUGAUGGUCCCACAAAUCCGUAUCGAUCUCACAUUCUGAGUCUUGCUGUGGAGAGUGAAACACUACAGCAUGCUAUUGCAGCACUCUCAUCGAGCAAUAUUCGCAUGAGGCGUUCUCAAAAUCCGCUUUCAACGAAUCGGAGCUUGCAGAGCACCGACGAUUCGUCACACGACCAAUCAGUGCGCAAAUCCUCACUUGCUCACAGCCUCAUGGACACAAGGACUGAGGGCUUACCUCAAACUUCAACGAGCGAACCUUCUACCGAAGAGCUCUAUCACAAAGGACAGGCUAUCAAACUACUCAACGAGCAGCUCACCGAUCCAGCCCGAAGACGAGAUGACUCAAUCCUGGCUAGUCUGCUCAUCCUUUGUCUUUAUCAUAUCUGUGACACAGGUGUUGCGAAGUUCAAGACCCAAUUUGCCGGUGUGAAGAAGAUUCUUGCCCUCCGAGGCGGCACGAAAGGCAUCAAUUCGAAAGCCACGAAUUGGCUCACGAUCAUGUUUACUUGGUUCGAUGCUAUGGCGGCCACAGUAAAUGAUAGAGAAAGCCAGCUAUCAGGCGACGACAUUGAUAUUUCCAAAUUUAGUGGUGACGAAUGGGCAUUGGAAAACCUAGCUGGCUGCGACGGCCGACUUUUCAAGACCAUCGCUAAAUUAGGUCGACUAAACAUGCUCAGUCAAAACAAGACGACCAAGGGAUCGUCACCUCGUAGCUCACCUAUCCGCAAGACCAGCCAAUCUGUCACCCCGCCAAGCCAGGACUACUACAGCAUGAACAACAAUCGCUUUGACGGUAAUGGCUGGUCUGAGCUCCCUUCCAACGCGCAAGUCGAAGGUCUUGAUUCCCGUUCCCAGUUCUGGCCAGAGUGGACGGAAAUUCGGCAACAGCUGCAGGACUGGCAGUUUGACGGCUCAGUACGCACACCGACCGAGUCUUCAGACCCUCAGGGAGAUCGUCAAGACCUCCUACAUAUUUCCGAGUCAUUCCGUUACUCAGCUCUACUUUAUACGGAACGAUUAGCUUACCCACAUCUACCUUCGGCCCAUCCAAAUUUCCAGUCACUGGUCACACAGGCAUUGUAUAACAUAUCAAACGUGAAGUCUGAUGUGUUCUUACUCUGGCCUCUUUUCAUCACUGGGACCGAAUGUGUCAGCGAGCAGGGCAGAUUUUUGAUCAGGAAUCGAUGCCUUGAUAUUCAAAAAGACUCAGGUUUCUUCAACAACAUCUCUUGUCUUGAACUGUUGGAGAAGACAUGGAGAGACGAUUGCAACGAUUCUGAUGGAGCCGGUAUGCAACCUAUGACUGGUAUGGGAGCUGGGGAGUAUACGGGGAACGGUUUCAAAUGGCGGAAAGCUAUGGAUAGGGUGGAUGGGGAAUACAUCGUGGUUUAG